AUGUUCCCUAGAUAUUCCCCGCGCAACCACGAUGCUGCACUGCUCACCUGCCGGCUACGUUAUCACCGCCACACAUACAGCAUCGUCAUCACCGUCACGCACGUGGCAGGCAUGCUCAAGGACAAGGUGUGUGUGGGUGUGUGGAUUGCUUGGUGCACCUCACUGCGCCGCAUGCGAUAGAUCCAUCUCCCGAAAUUGCUGCCUCUCCAUUCAAGCCACUGACACAGUGCAAGAUCAAACGACGGCGGGUGCGGAAAGAUUCGACAGCGAGUGACGUGAAUGGCACAGUCAAGGCCAACGACGACGACUCAACCGUUCAACCGACGCGAAGAAAGUCGUCCAGGGUCUCGCUCUUGCGCAAAAAGCCACCAGCAACAGUGGAGACGGAUCCUCCCAAGAUGCCGCAGCAGGCGCAGGAAGUGCUGAGUCGACGCAUCAAACUUGCCGGCGAAUCGACUGCCUACAGGAACCACCGUGCAGAUCUACUAGCCAGAGAGCGCGAAGACUCGUGGGAUGCUCCCGCAAGAAAGCGAGCUUCCAAGAACGAGAAGCACGCGAAUCAGAUCUUACUCAAAAUACGAGAGAAUGAACGCGUGGAUCCUUUACUGUUCGGCAAUCUGCCCUCGGAAAGGGUACCGCCCGCCGAGACUCUCGACAUGGGAGGCCGUUUUCUGGUGUCCCAACGCAGGAUUGAAAAGAGUAAGAUCUUUCGAAUCGCCAGCCAGAUGCCCAAGGGUGCACACCUGCACCUUCACUUCAAUUCCGAGAUUCCGCCGGAGAAGUUACUACCCUAUGCUCGUAGGCCGGAAAUGGCCGAGACCAUGUGCAUUCGAUGCGACCGACCACUGUGCUCCCCUAUGGACUUCACGCAAGCAGAAAUCGUCUUCGACGUGAAAGAUUCAGGCACCACGAAGGCCAAUAUCUUCUCUCCCGAUUACAGCCCAAAGUUCAAGGAGCCGGAAAGUACUCCAUGGAUGCGGUGGUCAGAUUUCCGUCGGCAGUUCCCGAAGGAGAAAGCACAGGUCGGGAACAUCUAUGGAAGUUGCGAGGAACUAGUCGAUGAGGCUGAGUACUGGGUGCGGGAGAAGAUGAUAAUCACUCAGGAGAAGGCUUACCACGAUCGUCAAACGACCAAUGGAGUCUGGGCUUGCUUCAAUCAAGGCACGCGGGCAUUCAAGGGUCUUAUGAACUACGAGGGGGUGUACAGAUGGUACAUUGGACAUGCUAUUGAAAGCAUGAUCCGAGAAAAAGUCAUGUAUGCCGAGCUCCGGCCUAUGUUGCUGGAUAAGGAUAUCCCCUCCAAUGACGGGAGACGGAGACUUGGUCAUAAAGAACAGAUGACCAUUGUGUGCGAAGAGAUGCAGGAAAAGCGAACACAACUGGAAAGCGAGGGACGACUUCAGUCAUUUCCUUUCGGCAUCAAGAUCAUCUACUGCACGCCCAGAAGCAUACCACUUGCAAAGAUGAGGAGCGAGCUGCAAGAUUGUAUCAAUCUAAAGCUCCAAUUUCCAGACCUUAUUUGCGGCUUCGAUCUGGUUGGCGCAGAAGACCGGCCAAACCACGUUGGCUUCUACGCUGAUCUACUGGUGGCUUUUACAGAAACGUGCAAGGAGCUUGGGAUAUCGAUACCAUUCAUGUUCCACGCCGGCGAAACGCUCCUUGACACGGGCGGUUCUCACGAUCCGGACAACAGCAACCUCUACGACUCGUUUUUGCUGAAUGCCAAGAGGAUCGGGCAUGGCUACGCUCUCCUCAAGCACCCAUUGCUGGUCGAGAAGUACCGCGAGAGGAGGAUUUGUCUGGAGUUGUGCCCCAUAUCGAACGAGCUGCUCCACUUAUGCGGAAACGCAAGACAACACAUCUUCCCGGAGCUGUUGGCGGCGGGAUUGGAAUGCACGUUGAACGCAGACAAUCCCUCAUUGUUCAGGUGAGUUCUGAGUCCCUCUUUACAGCAACACAGUGCGCAUUCCAGCUCCUACUUUCGUGAUGGCUGAGUUUAGGUGUGCUGACAGAGGUCCCUCGCUGAACAGAUCUGCGCUAUCCCACGAAUUUUAUCAAGUCCUGGCUGGAGACCCAAGAAUGAACAUUCACGGUUGGAAACAGCUGGCAGAGUGGAGCCUCGAACACAGUUGUCUCAGCCUCGAACAGAGAGUUGAAGCGAAAAAGAUCUUUGAUCGAGACUGGGAGAACUUCUGCCAGUGGGUCAUUGAUACCUACGACGAACAUGCCAAGGAGCUGAAAGAUCCCAAAGAUCUUGUUCUACCUGUGUGA